AUGGAUGUCAGGAACACGACGACUGUAAACGGGCAGCUUUCUGCACCGUUCGCCGCAUUGCAGCACAGUCUCAUCGCGCAAUGCAUCGUGGCCAUCGCGGUAGUGUGCGUCUGUACUCGGAUCCUUUCCGGGCAUACCUUCAGAUCUAUCAAGUACGGAAAGGGUCGUAAUGUCUUGCCUCCAACGCUUCCUUAUUGGAUACCUGGACUGAAACACGCCUUGUCUUUUGCUUAUGAUUCGCAUGGCUUCCUAGCGAGAUGCUUGAACCAGUAUGGCGAUGGUUCGCCUUUCUAUCUAGACGCCGCAGGCCAGAAAUUACUUGUCGUCUUGGAUCCAGAGCACGUCAGAGGCGUGCUCAAUUCCUCAUCCGAAUGUGAUCCAAACCCAUUUAUCCACGACAAGAUCAUGGGCGCUUUGAUGGGAAGCCCAUAG